AGAUUUGAGGAAGAACUUUUUCCACUCGGAGGAUGACUAAUCUGGAAUGUUCUACAUGAAUGGGUGGAAUAGACGCACACAUAUCCUGAAACUUCCGGAAACCGAAGGGUCAGAUCAGACACAGGAAGCGGGAUAGCUGGCGACAUUUUUUUUAUUUGGUAUUAUUUUCAAAGCUGAGUGAGAGGGAGUUGAAUAUUUACUUGCAAAAUGGUGAAGAUCUCACUGUCCAGCUCCCUGGGGCAGAAGCCAGAAAAAGCGGAAGGCGAAGCGGAUAAAACCGAAAUUCUUAUCCCUCAAGCUGACGAUGUGCAGACUCUCCCUGCAACAGCUCAGAAGCCUACACUGAGUCGCAUUUUGUGUGUUUCAGUCGUCCUGAUUAUUCUGCUUUCGACUGUGGUCUUGGGGAUAAUAUGCACCUUCAGGUAUUACCAUCUUACUCAGAAUAGGUUUCAUUGUCGGGUCCUGUACGAUGAAGAUUUUGCCUCUGUACCAAGCAGAGCCCACCUGCAGCUGGAAGAGGAUGUAGAAAUUCGCCUGGAUGAUGAAGUAGAGCUGGUCAAAGUCCCUGUGCCUGAGUUUGAAGGUGGUGACGCUGCCAAUAUCAUCCAUGACUUCUACCAAAGUUUGACUGCUUACCAUGACCUCUCUUUGGAUAGAUGUUAUAUCAUUGAACUCAACAGAACCAUCAUUUUGCCACCUCGCAAUCUUUGGGAGCUGCUGGCCAAAAUGAAACUAGGAACCUAUCUGCCUCAGACUUACAUAAUUCAGGAGGAGAUGGAAGUGACAGAACAAAUCAGCAAUGUGCACCAGCUGGGUUCCUUCAUCCGCCAUCUGUGCAGUGGAAAGAAAACAUACAAACUGAAACGCAAGAGUAUUCAGAGAACCAUUGAGAAGCGUGCAAUCAAGGACUGCCAUCGUAUACGACACCUUGUGAACACAUUUGUCAUUGAAACAUCCAUCUGUGACAAGGACUGAAGUUGUGAAGCCAACAACCCCCUGUUAACUCUACUAUUCAAGGCACAGCUGCUUUAAGUUACUUGUGCGUUCAACGUUAAUGAUGUAUUAGUUUGCUGCACUCUUUUUCACAUCUUUGUGGUGGUUCAGUAAUGCUAUUACUUAAGUAGUGAUAAAAACUCUUUAAUAUUGCAUUAGGUGCUCUUUGCAGUUUAACAGAUUUUAUGCUGAAGAACAAGUCAGAACACAGAUUGUCUUUCAUUCAUCUCUAACACUGCAUGGCUAACAGUAUCAAAAGUUUGAAUUAGGGGUAUGCAUUUUACUGUAUCAUUAAAAUGUUUCAAUUUACAAUAAGCAAAGGGGUGGAAAUUCAUUCUUGAUGAAAUACACAACCAAGUUGUGCUUGGAGGUAAUUUCUCUGCUUCUGACUUUUACCAUUCUAUUGAUUCAAACAGAAGAGACUUGCAGAAGCAGAAGAUAAUACAGACAGUUCUAUGUUGUGUGUUUAAUACAACUAAACUGAGGAUCAAUUUCUGCCCCUCAGGUAACAAAAUAAAACACAUUAAAGAAAGAGAAAUGUACAUUUCAGCCAAAGAAGUGUCGUGUGUAUUUAGACUGUAAACACAACAUAACAGCAAAUAACUGAGAGAAUAAAAUUUCUUGA